GGCUCCCGCGCGCCUCCUCCUCGCAGACGGCGACAGCGCCCGCGCCGCCUCCCUCUCGCCUGCGGCGGCGACGGCGACGGCGACCGCGGCUGCCUCUCCAAGCCCCCAGGCAGACCACCAUUUGUUGAUUCCUCCAUUCUUCACCCUGCACUCUGGUUCGCAGUUUCACUUGUCAAGGGGGGAGAUAGUCUCUUCCACCGGGGGGAGCCGAGAUGAAGCCGGUGGUGGGGAUCGUGGUGUCGAACAAGAUGCAGAAGUCGGUGGUGGUGGCGGUGGACCGCCUCUUCCACCACAAGGUGUACAACUGCUACGUCAAGCGCACCUCCAAGUUCAUGGCGCAUGAUGAGGCCGAGGUAUGCAACAUCAGCGACCGGGUUAGGCUGGAUCCUUCCAGGCCCUUGAGCAGACAUAAGCACUGGGUUGUUGCUGAAAUUCUUCGCAGAGUUAAGAUGUAUGUUCCGCCAUCUGCAACAGCAUCCAGUGAAAAUUAUACCAAGGCUCAAUAGUCUGGCGUUGCUACCAAAUGAUCCGCCUUUAGUUCCUUUGAGGCAAAGACACAGUUGCCAAUUUUUUUGUGUGUUUGUUAACUUGGGGAAUGUGCAUGUAAUGUUUAAUUCAUAGAAGAAAUAACAUGGCAUUCAUCAUUUUUGCUGGACUUGGUUUGCUCUGUAGCGCCCUUUGUUUAACGGCAGCCAAUGAGGAUGCAAUUACCAGAAUCAGUAAGACCAAUGUAUUCAUUAUUCCUUC